UCAGCAUAAGCAAAAUUAUAACCCCCCCUCCCUCCCCUGCACAUUGCCUUGCAUGCAAUUAUCAGAGGCCGGUGGUGCUUCUCCGUGGAGGGACUUCAGCCCCCCAAGACGCCUGCUGUGAAUGACAGAUCCAAAGUCAGGCUUGCAGCAGCACCGGCUGGACUAUCCUGGAAAUUUGCAGUGGAGGGAGGAAGGACAGACAGAAUGAAAGAUUCCGAAAAUAAAGGUGCCUCGUCUCCAGACAUGGAGCCCAGCUAUGCAGGUGGUCUUUUCGACAUGGUGAAAGGAGGUGCUGGGAGACUGUUUAGUAACCUCAAGGACAACCUGAAGGACACGCUCAAAGACACAUCUUCUCGGGUUAUACAGUCUGUGUCCAGCUACACCAAGGGAGAUUUAGACUUCACUUAUGUGACUUCCAGAAUUAUAGUGAUGUCCUUUCCUAUGGACACCGUUGACAUAGGAUUCAGGAAUCAGGUGGACGACAUUCGCAGCUUUUUGGAUUCUAGACACCUUGACCACUACACGGUGUACAAUCUGUCACCCAAGUCAUAUCGAACUGCCAAGUUCCACAGCAGGGUCUCAGAGUGCAGCUGGCCCAUCCGACAGGCUCCGAGUCUGCACAACCUCUUCGCUGUAUGUCGCAAUAUGUAUAACUGGCUGCUACAGAAUCCCAAAAACGUCUGUGUUGUCCAUUGCUUGGAUGGGCGGGCAGCAUCGUCAAUUCUGGUUGGUGCUAUGUUCAUUUUCUGUAAUCUCUACUCUGCUCCUGGCCCAGCAGUUCGAUUGUUAUAUGCAAAACGACCAGGAAUUGGACUUUCCCCAUCCCACAGGAGAUAUCUGGGUUAUAUGUGCGACCUCCUAGCAGACAAGCCCUACCGCCCCCACUUCAAGCCUCUCACAAUCAAGUCCAUCACUGUCAGUCCAAUCCCCUUUUUUAACAAACAGAGAAAUGGUUGUCGCCCAUACUGUGAUGUCCUGAUUGGAGAGACCAAAAUCUAUUCAACUUGCACAGAUUUCGAACGAAUGAAGGAAUAUCGUGUCCAAGAUGGAAAAAUCUUCAUUCCCCUGAAUAUCACUGUGCAAGGAGAUGUGGUUGUUUCCAUGUAUCACAUGAGGUCAACCAUUGGGAGCCGGCUACAGGCUAAGGUGACCAAUACACAGAUAUUCCAACUUCAGUUUCAUACAGGAUUCAUACCACUGGAAACCACCAUCUUAAAAUUCACUAAGCCAGAGUUGGAUGCAUGUGAUGUACCAGACAAAUACCCUCAGCUAUUUCAGGUGACUCUGGACGUCGAACUGCAGCCCCACGACAAAGUGGUAGACUUAACCCCACCAUGGGAACAUUAUUGCACAAAAGAUGUCAAUCCCAGCAUCCUCUUCUCAUCUCACCAGGAGCAUCAAGAUACUCUGGCCUUAGGAGGACAGGCUCCUGUAGAUCUCCCUCCAGACAACCCCAGGCAUCCAGGGCAAGGUGGCUUCUUUUCCUCUCUGUGUUGGCAAGAUCAGAAAUCAGAGAAGUCCUUCUGUGAGGAAGACCAUGCAGCCCUCGUGAAGCAGGAGAGUGAGCAAUCAGACGACGAGCUUCUGACCCUCACUAGCCCACACGGUAGUGCCAACGGUGACAAACACCAUGGAGCCAGGAAGCCCAGCAAGAAACAGCCUGAGCCAGCUGCCCCUCCACCGCCAGAGGAUGUGGACCUGUUGGGCCUCGAAGGGUCAGCAGUGAGCAAGCCCUUCUCUCCACCAGCGCCUCCUCCCUCCAACUCAGAACUGCUGAGUGACCUCUUUGGAGGUGGAGGUGCUGCGGCCCCGGCUGGGCAGUCUGGCGUGGACGACGUCUUUCAUCCCAGUGGACCAGCAUCUACCCAGUCAACACCACGCCGUGCUGCCACCUCCGCCUCUGCAUCCCCGACCCUGAGAGUGGGAGAAGGUACCACCUUUGACCCAUUUGGAGCACCUACUAAACCAUCAGGUCAAGACUUGCUGGGUUCUUUUCUGAGCACCUCAAAUGCUUCCAGUGACCCCUUUCUUCAGCCUACAAGAAGCCCCUCACCUACUGUGCAUGCUUCUAGCACACCUGCUGUGAACAUUCAGCCAGAUGUUUCAGGAGGUUGGGACUGGCAUGCUAAACCAGGAGGUUUUGGGAUGGGAAGCAAGUCAGCCGCCACCAGCCCCACAGGAUCCUCUCAUGGCACGCCCACCCAUCAGAACAAGCCCCAGACUUUGGAUCCUUUUGCCGACCUCGGGACGCUGGGAACAAACUUAACAGGAAGUGCUUCAUUUGCCAGCAAACCCACCACACCAACUGGACUGGGUGGAGGAUUCCCACCUCUCAGCUCACCCCAGAAAGCUUCUCCCCAGCCCAUGGGCAGCGGGUGGCAGCAGGGUGCUGGUUACGGCUGGCAGCAGACCCAGUCGAAGCCCCAGCCUGGCAUGCCUCACUCCUCUCCCCAGAACCGGCCCAACUACAAUGUGAGCUUCUCCUCCGUUCCGGGUGGACAGAGUGAACGAGGCAAAGGACCUGCUAAUCUGGAAGGGAAACAAAAAGCAGCCGACUUUGAAGACCUCCUCUCCAGCCAAGGUUUCAGCGCACACAAAGACAAGAAAGGGCCUCGAACAAUAGCUGAGAUGAGGAAGGAGGAAAUGGCCAAGGAAAUGGAUCCUGAGAAAUUAAAGAUUCUGGAGUGGAUUGAAGGCAAAGAGAGGAACAUCCGAGCGCUGCUGUCCACGAUGCACACUGUACUGUGGGAGGGGGAGACCAAGUGGAAGCCGGUGAGCAUGGCCGACCUGGUGACGCCGGAGCAGGUGAAGAAGGUGUACAGGAGAGCUGUGCUGGUGGUGCAUCCCGACAAAGCUACUGGGCAGCCCUAUGAGCAGUAUGCAAAGAUGAUCUUCAUGGAGCUCAAUGACGCCUGGUCUGAAUUCGAAAAUCAAGGCCAAAAGCCCUUGUAUUAACAUGUGAGCUUCUCUCUCCGCUGCAGACCUGUGCUAACGCUUUGUGUGUGUCCGUUCUGAGGAUGUCACUGAUGAAACCCAAACUCCAGUAACACGUAUCCAGUACUAAACUGUUCCUUUACUUGUGAAUUAAUUCCUCAUGGAUAAGGAAUGCGGAUGUGUGUUUUCUCCAGCCCCCAUCACCAUCAACGAUCCAGAACAGAAAAGCAGCAUUAGUCAGAGGACCACACAUUCCAGCCUAUCUUUUUUGGGGGGGAGCUCACCCAGCAUGUGAUGGGGGAAUGGAAAAGAGAGGCCUUCAAGACAUAAUAAUUUGUCAUCGUUGUUGGAGAACAGAAUUAAUGAGCCCCCCAAGUGUGAUAAUGGGCUUCCAUGGUGGAGUCUAACUAAUAGUUUUUAAGAUUUUAUUGGAAAGCUGUAAUUUGAGUGACAGCUUUCUUCCACAGACUUCAGGAACACCACCCAGCAUUUUCUUAAUG